ACCCGCUGCCCACAGAGCACAGUUCACUUCUCCAGCCGCUUGCGGACGGCACUCGCUCCCAUGGCUUCUGUAUAACGAACCCUUUCCACCGAGAGAGGAGAAAAUUAGCAAAGAAAAAACACCAACAACAGAGGAGAAAAUAAGCAUUUCUGACGCUGGAGUUAAGGGUGCAUUAGGAGUUUUUUAUUUUUUUUCACUUGGAAGGAGGAGAAUACAAACUUUGAAAGGACUCUUGAAAGAGUGUGGUGCUCACCACCCGUGCAUGUUAAAGACGAGGUGUGUAUGAGAGCCGUGAGGCGGCUGUAGACCAGUGUAAUUUGGAAGCGAAGCGGCAGCGGCAUGCUUUUGCCACGGAGCUCAGCGUUCGCAGCGUUUUGCCUCCAUGUCUUUUUCUUGUGCUGGCGGAUGAAGGUGUGCACUGCAUCUGGACACUUCGAACUGGAGAUCCUGUCCAUGCAGAACGCGCGCGGCGAGCUUCAGAGCGGCGCGUGCUGCGGGGGCGCGCGGAGUGGCGGCGCUGAGCGCGUGUGCGCGCCCGACCAAUGCGACACGUACUUCAGGGUCUGCCUCAAGGAAUACCAGUCGCGCGUGUCUGCCGCGGGCCCGUGCAGCUUCGGCACUGGAUCUACGCCCAUUCUCGGGGGUAAUACAUUCACCACCAAGGGCACGGCCGUCGCGGACAAGGCCAGGAUUGUUUUACGCUUCAGUUUCGCGUGGCCGAGGUCCUACACAUUGAUAGUGGAGGCCUUGGACUUCCAUAAUGAUACUGCUGGUGAAAGUCCAACUGGAAGACUCAUUGAGAAGGCUUACCACUCUGGAAUGAUCAACCCAAAUCACCAGUGGCAGAAGCUGACGCACAAUGGUCCUAUUGCCCAGUUUGAGUAUCAAAUCCGGGUAACUUGUGAGGAACACUACUAUGGCUUUGGCUGCAACAAGUUCUGCCGGCCACGUGACGAGUUCUUUGGACAUUAUACUUGUGACCAGAAUGGCAACAAGACCUGCCUAGAAGGAUGGACGGGCCCUGACUGCAACACAGCUAUCUGCAGGCAGGGAUGCAGCAUCGAGCAUGGAUCCUGCAAACAACCAGGAGACUGCGACUGUCUGUAUGGCUGGCAGGGCCUGUAUUGUGAUAAGUGCAUCCCUCAUCCUGGCUGUGUGCAUGGAACAUGUGUAGAACCAUGGCAGUGCCUCUGUGACACCAACUGGGGCGGACAACUCUGUAACAAAGAUUUGAACUACUGUGGCACUCACCAGCCCUGUCUGAAUGGAGGGACAUGCAGCAACACAGGACCAGACAAAUAUCAGUGUUCCUGUGCUGACGGCUACUCUGGAGCCAACUGUGAGAGGGCGGAACGUGCCUGCCUUUCCAACCCGUGUGCUAAUGGUGGAAGCUGUAAGGAGAUUAGUCACGGUUAUGAGUGCUCAUGCGCAGCUGGCUGGAGCGGCCCAUCCUGCAGUAUCAAUGUAGAUGACUGUGCACCAAACCCAUGUAACCAUGGAGGCACUUGUCAGGAUCUGGUUAAUGGAUUUAAGUGCAGCUGCCCCUCACAGUGGAUUGGCAAAACAUGUCUGAUCGAUGCCAAUGAGUGCGACGACAAGCCUUGUGUGUACGCAAAAUCCUGCCGCAACCUGAUUGGUGGAUAUUUCUGCGAGUGUCUCCCAGGGUGGACGGGUCAGAACUGCGACAUCAAUAUCAAUGACUGCCAGGGCCAGUGCCUGAAUGGAGGAACCUGCAGGGAUUUAGUGAACGGCUACCGUUGCGUCUGCCCGCCUGGAUUUUUGGGCGAGCACUGCGAGAAGGACAUUGACGAGUGUGCAAGCAGCCCUUGCCUAAAUGGAGGCCGAUGUGAGGAUGAAGUGAAUAGCUUUCAGUGCCUGUGUCCUGCUGGUUUCUCUGGUCAACUUUGUCAGCUCGAUAUUGAUUACUGUCGGCCCAGCCCCUGUCAAAAUGGUGCGCUGUGCUUCAACCUGGCGUCUGACUACUUCUGCAAAUGCCCGGAUGACUAUGAGGGCAAGAACUGCUCUCACCUGAAGGACCAUUGCCGCACCACUUCGUGCCAAGUGAUUGACAGCUGUACAGUAGCUGUUGCAUCCAAUAGUACACCAGAGGGGGUGCGCUAUAUCUCCUCCAAUGUGUGUGGACCUCAUGGGCGCUGCAGGAGCCAGGCCGGGGGGCAGUUCACCUGCGAGUGUCAGGAAGGCUUCAGAGGCACUUACUGCCAUGAAAAUAUAAAUGAUUGUGAGAGUAAUCCAUGCCGAAAUGGUGGGACGUGCAUUGACAAAGUGAACGUGUAUCAGUGUAUUUGUGCUGACGGCUGGGAAGGGGCCCACUGUGAAAUUAACACAGAUGACUGCAGCUUGAAUCCCUGUCUAAACAAGGGAACAUGUCAAGACCUGGUGAAUGACUUUUACUGCGAAUGCAGAAAUGGCUGGAAGGGAAAGACUUGCCACUCACGUGAGAGCCAGUGUGAUGAAGCCACAUGUAACAAUGGAGGUACCUGCCAUGAUGAGGGGGAUACCUUUACAUGCAGGUGCUCACCAGGCUGGGAGGGUGCAACUUGCAACAUAGCAAAGAAUAGCAGCUGUCUGCCCAACCCUUGCGAGAAUGGAGGCACCUGUGUAGUUAGUGGCGAAUCUUUCACCUGUGUGUGUAAGGAAGGUUGGGAGGGUGUCACCUGUUCCCAGAAUACCAACGACUGCAGUCCACACCCAUGCUACAACAGUGGGGCUUGUGUAGAUGGAGAGAACUGGUACCGGUGUGAGUGUGCCCCAGGCUUCGCUGGCCCUGACUGUCGCAUAAAUAUUAACGAGUGCCAGUCCUCACCCUGUGCCUUUGGUGCUACAUGUAUAGAUGAGAUCGACGGCUAUCACUGCCUUUGUCCACCUGGACGAACUGGGCCUCAUUGUCAAGAAAUCACAGGGAGGCCCUGCAUUUCUGAUGGAGGUCAAAGUACCGCUGAUGGAGUAAAAUGGGAAGAAGACUGCAACACCUGUCAGUGUCACAAUGGAAAGGUCCACUGCACCAGGAUGUGGUGUGGGCCGAAGUCUUGUCGGAUUGGUAAAGGCCAUGGCGGAUGCCGGUUGGGCCAGUCUUGUAUCUCCAUCAAAGAGGAGCAUUGUUUUGUGAAGCCCUGCCAUGGCCUGGGAGAGUGCUGGCCCUCUGCGCCCCCUCCACCAAACUCCAAAUGCCACCAUAGCUUCCCUUACCAGGACAACAGCUGUGCCAACAUCACGUUCACCUUCAGUAAAGAGACCAUGCCUCGAGGUCUGAGUAUAGAACAUGUGUGUAAUGAGCUGAGACAGGUGUAUGUAGUGAAGAACCUCUCCUCAGAGUAUGGUGUUUCCAUCGCCUGCGAUCCCUCCUUCUCUGCCAGCAAUGAGAUCCAUGUCAGCAUAUCAAUCGAAGAGCCAAGGUUGGACAGGAGCCCCAUUAAAGAGAUCACUGAUCGGAUUAUAGACCUGGUGAGCAAGCGCACUGGCAACAGCUCUAUUAUCACAGCUGUCACUGGAGUGCGUUUGCAGCAGAGGCAAAACCCCAGCAAAACAGACUAUCUGGUUCCUCUGCUCAGCUCCAUCUUCAUCGUUCUCUGGAUCAUGGCCUUUGUAAUGUCCUUCCUGUGGUGCAUUCGUCGCCAUCGGAAACAGAAUGCCCAUGGCAACACAGCAGCCUCGGCCACUGAGGACAACACCACCAACAACGUGCGUGAGCAGCUCAACCAGAUCAAGAACCCAAUUGAAAAACAUGCAGCCCACAGUGUUGCCAUAAAAGACUACGAGGGGAAGAACUCGAUCAUUGCCAAAAUUAGGACACACAAUACAGAGGUCGAGGAGGAGGAGAUGGAGAAGCACAUGCAGAAAGCGCGAUUCACCAAGCAACCAGCCUACACGCUAGUGGAGAAGGAGGAGCGAACACCCACCAAAACCCCCAACUGGACUAACAAACAGGACAACAGAAACUUGGAGACAGUGCACAGUUUAAACAGGAUGGAGUACAUCGUAUAGCAGGCAACUGUGUUGCCACAUGACCAAACCCCUCCUCAGUACUGAUCACGCAGAGGCUUGAGGAGGCUGAAUCAUUUCAAACUGUUGUGUCAUACCUUUGACUCUAAGGUUUAUUAUUUGCAGAGUCCCUGUGUUAAUUUAAGUUCUGACAAGCUGGCUUACACUGGCUUACAACUGAUAGUUGUUGUGGUUGGCUGGAAAAAACCAAAGUGCUGUAUUUCACGUCUAUGCAAAAACUAGUUUGCAAGUCUCUUCCUGCUUUACAAAAUCACUACCAGCACCACAUACAUUUCCAAUGUCUAUUUUUGUGGAUACGUUUGAGUAUCUUUGAGUCUUUGUACUAUUUUCAGAUAGUCUUAAGGGUUUUUUUUUACUUUUAUUAUUAUAAUGACAAUAUCACUGCUCAAGUAGUUUUUUUCUAUUGGUUGUCGGGGCUCUCUCUGGUUAGAUUUUACUAUUAUUGUGUACUAAAUGUGCCUGUGCAGCUCUGCACCACAGCAACGGUCAGACUUUUUUAACAUGACAAAGGACAAAAAAAGAUAAACGCAGAAAAAUACACAUAAAAAUGUUAUUUAUUAUUGCUCUUUUCUUGGUGCAGGAUGUGUCUGUCUUGCCUGGGUCGAGACUGUCCAGAAUGCGGUUAAUUCCUGCCUUAGAGCGUACGCUCAAUGGACCUUAAUUAAAAUUGUUCUGACCAUCAUUUAUAAGGAUACAAAGCACAACGUCAUUGAUAGCUUUAGCCCUGAGAUGUUACUAUUCCUCUUCGUCUUUACAGUAUACAGACAAAUACGUUGGAGCUUUCAAAAAGCAUGUAUCAUGCGUACUCAUGCAUGUCUUGCGUCGUGCGUGUCCCAGGUGUCUCUAGUACCAGCUUAUAACAGUGGGAGCAACACUCCCUGUUCUAGCACUAGAUGCAACCAAGAGAAUGCAUUGUCAGAAAUGCAGCAAAGGUCUAUUAAGCCUGAUUAAUGAAGUAAUUGUAUUUUUGUUAAUUUUAUGAAGCUAUUAAAGUACACACCUAACGUGGCCCAUCUUGCUUUCUAGCUGUUGAUAUAGCUACUUCCUAGUAGCUCCCAACUGAUAUGGAGCUCACAUAAAUAAACAUUACUGACCACUGCCCUCUGUAGGUGUCAGUGUCAAAUUCACAUUCUGUUUGUUGCACUGUAAACAUUACUGUGAAAUCUAACAACUGUGGACAAUAAUGGUCAUCAGGCAAUUACGUAAUAAUUGCGACAGGCCUAGCUUGAAAUCUUUUUAAACAAAGAUUUAUCGGAUAUCAAGCUCUAGUUUAAAUGAUUACCCAGUGUUAAGUCCAGUGAAAAGCUACAGGAGAAUGAUUUCUCAGUACUAAAGCUUUUAGGGAAUUGCGCUCUACUCAUUAAUCAAACUGCAAGUUUUACAGUCUAGAUUGUAAACAGCAAUAUCCUUGUCACUCGUUUCACAUGUGUAUGCCACAUUGCAAGGACCUUAUAGAUGCUCAUGCAGUGGAUUAUGUCAGCAACAGUAAGUGCGACCAUGGCCAAUACAUGGCCAAAUGUAAGCAACACUAGACUGUAAGGCAGGUACCAAGAAAUGGGCACUGUCUGGCCCCAGGCAAGGGUCUGUUCACAGCUGCUGCCAAUAUGAAGAAUUGUUAAUUUAGAAAUGUGUAAAUAUGUACAUUUGUUUUUAAUUAAUCACUGUGUAUAUUUGAUUUAUUAACUUAAUAAUCAAGAGCCUUAAAAUAUCAUUCCUUUUAUUUAUGUGUACUGUCUAGUUUUGAAGGUUUUGAAAUUUUUUUAAGCUCAUGGCUUUUUUUAUUUUCACAACAAAUUUGUUUCAUGUUUUAUAGAUGCCAAAAUUUUGAAGAGAAAAAGAGCAGUCUAUUUUUUAAGAAUAGUUUGGGCAUUUGUGUGCCUGAAAGGUUUUUUUUUCCUUUUUGUAUAUUGUUAGAUAUUAUUUUUGAAAACUCUGUUGUAUCCAUUUUGCCAGGACUUACUUGUAAAGGCAGGUGAGGUGAGGAACAUAAGAAAGACAGCUGCUUUUGUUUUAUUACAUGACUUGGUGGCAAACACCUUGGUUGUCACAAAUGAAAAACAAUGCAAAGGAACAAAUCUGUUUUGUUGUUUGUGGGUUAACCUACUGAAAUUAGAGAAUGUCAUCAAAACAUUGCUAAUAUAAAUCAUUUUGCCUCCGAUUUAGUUUGCAUAACAUAGCAUGCUAGGCGUUAAAUACUUGAACAGUGGGGGGCCAGUGGGAACACCCAACCCAGCUCCUGGAGGUUGCUACACUCUUAAAAAUAAAGGUGCCAAAAAAAGGUUCUUUGGCGUGAUGACCUAGAAGAAUCACAUUUUUCCUAAAGAACUUUACUGUGGAGGAGUCUUCAAAGAUCCCUGUUUGUAAAUGAGAUGUAAAUGAGAAACAAAGUUUAAAGAACUAAAGGUUCUAAACCAAGUAAAGUUUUUUCCUGGAACCAUACAUCCAAGCCAAGUUUAGGAAUCUUGAUUUUUAAGAGUGUACACUACAGAAUUUAGUUCCAGCUCUAUUUCACACAUCCCAGAAGACCAAUUUCACCUUUCCUUACAGCCCUAAAAGAUUUUCUAAUUGCACAAGCCACAUGCUGAUCUAAUAGCCAGAGAAAAGAGUGAAGGAAGCUGAAAUUUCUUUCACCCUUCUUUGGUGUAGAGAUCUGCAUAUCAAAGCUACUCAGUUUCCAUAUAAUUGUUUCUAUAGAUGAUGUAUAGAGAUGGCCGAUACUAUUUUUUCUUGAGCUUUGGCCAAUACUGUAACCAAUUGAAUGUUUUUUCUUUAAGAACAACUAAGCGUUAAAAUUAGCUGUUCGUAAUUGAAACACAUCACUUAAGGUGAGCAUCUAAAAGUAGGCUUUAUGCUCAUACUACUCAAACACUCUACAGGAAGAAAUAUACAGGAAUAUACAUCACAUCACACAACGUGAGUGUGUGCUAUUUCAGGAUUUAUUUGAAUUAUUUUUUUCCAAUAUGCUUCAUAUAUGAGUUCAUGUUUUUCACAAGAACGUGGCAUUGCCAAUUGGCCAUGCAUGGAAACCUAUACAGUGUGUUAUGUGUACAUGUUAUGUGUACGUUGUGGCAAUGAUACCCUAAAACUGAUAUCUCUUGUCUUCUUUCCUCGCAAUUGAGAAGAGGAAAGCAAAAAAACAAACAAACAAAAAAAACAACAAAACAAAACAAAAAAA